AUGCUGCUUCUCCUGCUCGGCUGUCUCCUGCCUGCCACUGAGGCCCGGGAGAGGACCUGCCUCCGAUGCUGGCCGGCACUGCCCGCGCUGAUGGACUACGACCUGCAGGUUCUCUGGGGUGCUCCAGAGCCGCCCAAGGAGCUCUCCCGGAGCCUCCACUCCCUGCUCCUGGAGGCUCAGGACUUCCCGGAACCCUGGUAUCUUGGUGAGGACCAUUUGGAGAAAGAAACGGCCAGAUUAUUUGAUCACAUAGAUAAAGCCAUUAAGAACUUUCGAGUUGAUACAACCUCCCUUCUGGAAGAGAUUAACAUCUGGAAGCAGCUGUUUUCUACGAGCUUGAGCAAGAUUUCUGAGGAGCUGAAGGAUAAGGCCUGCAACAACUCCUGUGACCUACACUCCAAUCUAGAGGUCAUCAACUGUGUCAACUGCAGAACACACCUCCUAACCUGCGAAGACCUUACUCUCUGCCCAGGCCUCUUCAUCUCUCCCCCACAUUAUAGCAACCUCUGCCUGGCCUCCUGCACCCUCCUGGUCACAUCUUACUCAGCAAUCAAAGGACUUCUUCUCAAGCAGAAAAUCUGCCUAUGA